AUGAAUAAUAAUAAUUUAUUGAAUGGAAAUCAUUUAAUUGAUAAGUAUAAUUUAGAAAUUAGUAAAAAAUCUACAUCAUUAUCACCUUCACUACUAUUCUCCUUAUCAACAUCUUUGUCAACACAAACAAACAGAACUGAAGAGAAAGAAGGUGUAAUAGGAAAAAUAGACAAUUUAGAAGAUGAUCGAAGGAAUCGAGAUGAUGUAUUAGAUAGUAUAAUGCAAAAUUCCACUAUUGAAUCAACAUUGAAUACUGGAUUAAUGCCUGAAGUAUUUAUGAAUUAUUACAAUGCUUCAGUUAGAUUAUCAACAUCUGCCUAUCCACCGCAACAACAACAACGAGAAGGGAUUAAAUUAAAAUGCUUGACUACACCUAAUAAUAGCUUAUCGACACCAACAACACCGAGUAGAAGUUAUCAACUUAUAUGUCGUAAUGGAGUACAAAGUUAUGCUUUAGUAACAGAAAAGUCGAAUACACUUUCAAUUUCACCUGAAAAUAUUGAUUAUAUCGAUCGAAAUUCAGAAAUGUCUACAUGCCAUCAUGGUAAUGCUACUACUAUUACUACUACUACUAUUACUACACAAUCAUCAAAUUGUUGUCCGUCUAAUAUUGUUAAUUUAGAUAGAUUGUGUAACGAUAGACAAUCUGUUUAUCCAGAUAAUCUGGUUAACCAACAUCAUCCUGAUACUGUGAUAUCUGGUUGUCUACCGAUAUCAUAUGAACCAUUGAAUUACUCAGGUGUAGAAAAUACUCAGUCUUCUAUUGAUACGCAUAUUCUACCAAUUCAUCAAUAUCAUGGUAGUAGCCCCCAAAUAAUAUUGUUACUACUAGCCUUAAUCCUGUGA